UCCGACCCCCGCCCCGCCGCCGGGUGAGGUCCCGCCCCCUCCGCCAGCCGGCCCCGCCCCCUGUUUCCGCUAGCCGCGGCGGUGCGGGAGGGAGCGGAGCCGGGGCGUCACACCGAGUCCAAGCGCGGAGCACCCCAGGGCCCAGGCGCUUGCAGGGAAUACAAGAAAACCAGGUCUGCGUCAGUCCAGUCCAUCUUGUGCUAAGACCUCCUUUCCUCAUCAGCUCAUCUGAGGUUCUUAUCACAGUGGCUAAACACUUCUACGAGCUGUUUGCUCACUAACCUUGCCAGUAACGCCAGAGGGGGGUGGCCUCACUGUCACAUCACAGACCAGGACUCUGGAAUACCAGAGGGUGUGGAACUGGCCCAAGGUCCCAGAUCUUUCUCACUUCAGAUUCCUGGGACAUGUGACUUGCUGCGUUGCAGCUGGCGAGGACUUGGGAAAUCAAAUCCAAGCGGUCCCCUUUCAGAGGAGAGUGACUGAGGGGACCCAGCUCAGGUGACCCAGCCAGGUGCUCAGAGAAUUUAAGAAGUGCAACAUGGCCAGGGGCUGUCUCUGCUGCUUGAAGUACAUGAUGUUCCUCUUCAAUUUGAUAUUCUGGCUCUGUGGCUGUGGACUGCUUGGAGUGGGCAUCUGGCUCUCUGUGUCCCAAGGCAACUUUGCCACCUUCUCCCCCAGUUUCCCCUCGCUGUCUGCAGCCAACCUUGUCAUCGCCAUAGGCACCAUCGUCAUGGUGACGGGUUUCCUGGGCUGCCUGGGGGCCAUCAAGGAAAACAAGUGUUUGCUCCUCAGCUUCUUCAUCGUCCUGUUGAUCAUCCUGCUGGCAGAGCUAAUUCUUCUCAUCCUCUUCUUCGUCUACAUGGACAAGGUGAACGAGAAUGCCAAGCAGGACCUGAAAGAGGGGCUACUGCUGUACAACACUGAGAACAACGUGGGGCUCAAGAAUGCCUGGAAUAUCAUCCAGGCCGAGAUGCGGUGUUGUGGGGUCACUGACUAUACAGACUGGUAUCCAGUGCUCGGGGAGAACACAGUUCCUGACCGCUGCUGCAUGGAGAAUUCCCAGGGUUGCGGGCGCAACAGCACCACCCCCUUGUGGAAAACGGGCUGCUACGAGAAGGUGAAGCUGUGGUUUGAUGAUAACAAGCACGUGCUGGGUACCGUGGGGAUGUGCUUCCUUAUCAUGCAGAUCCUGGGAAUGGCCUUUUCCAUGACUCUGUUCCAGCACAUCCACCGGACGGGUAAAAAGUACGAUGCCUGAGUGUUUGGCAGCGCCUGGCUCCACUUGGACACUGUGUGUGCCAGGGAAGAGGACCUGAGUUGUGUGUCCUGCCUGCUCUCUGAUGGCCACCCUGCACCCCCUGCCAGCCUGCCCUCCCCUGCCCACAUCCUUGGCCUUAGACCUCGCGGAGAGCAGAGGCCCAGGGAGGAGGCAUCAUGCAGAGACCUCAGGGUUUGGGCACCUGGAUUCCUGCACUUGCCAAAGACGCCAGGGUGGGCAGGGUGUCAACAAGGAAGCCCCUUCAAUGACGGGUUUCUGCCCCUGGCCUUCCUCACAUUGACACUUGUUCCUGUGUGGGAUGGAGAGUCUGCCCCACCGAGGCCACUGCCGUCCAUGGCUGCCCAGCCAGAGAGCCUGCCAGGGUGCAGUAUGGCACCGCCAGGUCAGGCCUCCUGGAGCACCCUGCCCGGGUUUUUAUAUACUAUAGUGUAACUUUUUUUUUAAAUUUUACUCUGAUUAUGAUUAUUCAGGAAUAUUAUCUCUCAGAUAAGUUUAGGGUUAGUUUUCUGAUUUAUAACUUUUUACUGUGUUGAUUUCCAUAAUGGUUUGAGUUUCCUUUUCCCGUGGGUGGGGAUGGGUAGGGAGAGAGGACCUCCAUCCACUUUCAGUAAGGACAUACCACUGUGCAACACUCGUGAGGCUGUAGGGUGAGAAGUGCCAGCCUUUUCCCCAGGACUCACCUCGAGGGAGAGGAUGCAGUCACAGUAUGGGGCCUUACCUGGCCUGGAGACCAUGGAUGAGGCCAGAAGAGGAUACAAAGCAAGGGGCCUCCUACUCUGGGGGGAGAGGAGGAAGAGGAUGCUGCUUGGGCCGGGAAGCCGCGUCAAUGGGGACUGUUUAGGUUAGGAGAUAGUGAAAUGCUGUGCUGGGAGGAGGGGCGGUCAGAACAGUUUGUGACAUUUCUUCCUCUUCCUCCCUUGGUCCUCUGUGAGCUUCCCCCUGACCCAUGAGCAUCCUGCAUCCCAAAUGGUCACUCUCACACAUUCCUGCUGCAAAUUCCCCUGGCUCAGACCCUGCUCUGCUCAGCCUGGUCUGGACAGUGGAAGCAGACACAUUCAUCUGCCUAGGCUUAAGCAGAGUCUCAGGACUACCCACGAAGGGAGGCAGAGUUGGCAUCCACGGCCAACCCCACCAGACUCACUCAUUGCUUACUGCCCCGCUGAGGGGAAAGGAAAGGGCCAUAUGGGUCUCAGGACCAUUCCUCCUUAGGAUCCAUUGCUGUCCAUGCUGGGGGGCAGGCACCACAUCCCAUGUAACCUCAAAGAGGCAAGAUACAGAAACACUUGAGAUGCCAGGCUUCCAUUGCUCCAGCAGUCCUGGGGAGAAGGCCCUCAUUAAAUGCCUGGUGCUAGGCGUGGGAGAUGGAGGCAGGCCGUAUCCCAAGGUGUAGCAGCCAUCUUGACGGCACUGAUACCCAGCGUCUCCUUUCAUAAAGACCAGGGCCUGUGGGACUGGCCAAGCGCCCCUCUGGGGUCCAGAGCAACUCAUUCUUGGGCCUUCAUUCAGUAGCUGCUCUUCUCAUGCCGUCCGGCUCUUUCCCACCAGGCCAGGUCUUCCCUGAUCUUGCCAUGACAUCCAACCAACCUAUAAACCCCUGACCUCCUUGAAUAACAGGCAGUGCGUGACCCGGGGUGUGGAACUUUCAGUGUGGUCAGGAUUCAAGUGUUGGGGAUGAGAGAGGACAGCAGGGAGCUCUUAGCAAAUUGGGCCAAGAAGUUGCCGGUUCCAGCACGUGGAGUUGUGGUGCUGUGGAAUGAAAGCCACCUCCGUGGAACCUCCAAGAUGCAGACAGAGUCCAGGUAGACCCAGUAAACAGUCAGAAAACAAGUGUGGCGCCUGCUGCAUUAUGAGUGUUGGUGGGUGGUAGCACGGGUUUGUUUAUGCUAUCUGUGGGUGUUUAAACUUCAUUAACGUCAACAUCAAAGUCCCAGAAGCACUUGCCCUCCUUCCCUCCUCAGGCCUCUAGAGUGCUUCAGGGUGGUGCUGGUCCCUGGAGCCUUGGCCAAAGUCCCCCACCCUCACCAACCCCACCUCAGCUGCCUGCGCGGCAGAGCCAGGUCAUAAGUCCCAAACUGCCUUUUUGUUUUAGCUGUGUAUGGCCGUGCAGUCAUCUGUAGAGUCUUCAUGGGGCAGACGUCUCCAUGCACACAGAAGACGUCCAAGAACCUUGCUUAUCCUGGGGAAAUGGCUUUUAUGUGGCCUUACAAGGCCACACCAAAUAAGGCCAGGGGAGAAGGCUCAGCUCUACUCCAAUACUCUUGGCUCUGAGAACGCUGCAGUCCUGCCACGAGACCCUUCCCACCUUACCUGUGGCUUCCCUGGCCUAACGCAGAGCCAUUUCCUUCAGGUCCCACACAAGCAAUUUGUAGACCUGACUCAGAAAGUCCUCUUGGUUUGCCGGUGACCUCAAGGAAAUGCCUGACGUAGACCCUGGCAUUUCUCCAUGGCUGACUGACUGGCAGUGGGGCUCAGAGGGUAGGGUCUGGAAACUGCUCUCAGAUGACUGACACAUGUCAGGAUGCAAGUCUCCUUGUACCUCUAGACUCUGAGCUGGAACAGCGUCGUCCUGUCUCUCCGCCAGCCUGGACCAGCGCCUCAGCUGUCCCCCUUGCACAUGCUCUGACCUGACUUAAAAUUAAGUGGUCAAGCCUCCAGGCACUUCAGGUGGAUGGAAUUGGUUGUCCCCUCCUCUCUGGACCCCUGCCCACCCUCUGGUGGAGGUGCUAACUAGCAGGGAUAUGGCACAGGACUGAGCUAGGUGCCAGAUGCUUGGGGUCUGUUCUUUGUCCCAUGACCCCUUGGUCUGGCACCCCUUCUCACGUUCCUGUUCUCUCAUUUCCCUCCCCUCCACGAUGGUGGAGUUCUGGCCUCCCCUCCCUCAGUGGGCAUUCUAAGGAGUGAGCCUUUGGGCCUCCACUUGCCUUGCUGCCCCUGGGUGGCCAGAGAGCCAGGAGUGCACGCUUAUUGGUUUCGAAUGCACUUUCUGCUUGCAAUGCCUUGUCUGCAGUUCCUCCAUCCCAGGUCCCGCUUUAACGAACACCAUGUUUUUAGCAUGUUUUUAAAUAAAAGCUGAUCAUGUGUCAAAAGCA